AUGGCUGGUGUGAAACGAAGAAUAGAAACUGAUUCAGAUAUUCGUGCUCUUUACAAAGAACUGGAUGCGGUUACAUGCCCUAUCUGCAUGGACCAUCCACAUAAUGCAGUUCUCCUCCUUUGCAGCUCGCAUGAGAAGGGUUGCAGAUCUUAUAUUUGUGAUACAAGUUACAGGCAUUCAAAUUGCCUGGACCGUUUUAAAAAGCUGAGGGAAAAUACUAGGAACAAUCCAACUCUACCCAGUUCUUUACCUGUAAACCAUUCUGAUUCUCAUAAUAUUUCUGAUCUGAACAUCCCUUUGAGGACAGAGUCAAAUGAAGCUAAUGAAACUCACAAUCUGAUUGAAAGCAAUACUCUAAUAUCUGUUAAUUUACCCGGACCGCCACAAGGACAUAUUAUUCAAGAUCUAAAUAGGCCUUUAGAAGCACAAACAGAAGGUGUUCUGGAAGUGGCUGAUUCCGAGUCAUUUCAGGAAAGGGUUGAGCAUGAUGAGUUGGAUGGGGAGAAUUCACCAGAUUCAAAAUUGAGCUUGAAAUGCCCUUUGUGCCGAGGAGCCAUUCUUGGAUGGGAGGUUGUAGAAGAUGUCAGAAAGUAUCUUAACCUGAAGAAGCGAAGUUGCUCUCGUGAAUCAUGCUCAUUUUCUGGUAACUACCAGGAGUUGCGCCGGCAUGCCAGGAGAGUUCACCCAACCACUCGACCCUCCGACAUUGACCCAUCUAGAGAACGAGCCUGGCAACACCUUGAGCACCAAAGAGAAUUUGGUGAUGUUGUCAGUGCUAUUCAUUCAGCCAUCCCAGGUGCUGUUGUGGUUGGGGACUAUGUUAUUGAAAAUGGAGAUAGGCUAGCAGGGGGAGGGGAAAGUGGUGCAGGUGAAGCUAAUGGACCUUGGUGGACUACUCUGUUUUUGUUUCAGAUGAUUGGCUCAGUUGACCGUGCUGGGGAACAAAGGGCUCGAUCAAGGGCUUGGACAAGACAUCGGCGUUCAGGUGCUUUAUCUGAACGCCGGUUUCUUUGGGGUGAGAAUUUGUUGGGUCUUCAAGAUGACGAGGUAGAUGAUGAGGAUGAUGAUGAUGAUGAGAACUUGCCUAUACUAAAUCACAGAGAUUUGUCUCCGAUCCCCAGAAGGCGUAGGCGUUUGACACGGUCAAGGUCGGAUGAAGAUCGACCAUGA